AUGGACCGAGUGUUCAAGAAGAUUAAGGAAGGAAUGGAAAUAUUCGACACACUGUACGAACGACAUCAGACAACGUCGAGCUCUUCUCAACGAGACAAAUUGGAGUCUGAAUUGAAGAAGGAGAUCAAGAAGUUGCAGCGAUUCCGCGAGCAGGUGAAGAAUUGGCAGACGGCGAGUGAAGUGAAAGAGAAAGAUAAGCUUCUGGAGUAUCGGAAGCUUGUAGAAAGAGCGAUGGAGCAGUAUAAGGAGGUGGAAAGAGGAUCAAAAUCAAAAGCAUACUCGAACGAGGCAUUGGCAGAUGCUGGGGAGGAGAAGGAAGACAAUGAGGCGACGAGAUUUGUCCAAAAAGCGUUGGAUGAACUUCAACGGCAGCAGGAGAUGCUGGAGGCCAAGUUGGAAAAGCUGGAUUCAGGACGAAGGGGACGAAGAAGCAAUCCAGAGGUUGAAUCGAGGAAGCAGGAGAUAGAGACGACUCUCGGGCAUCACCACUGGCACACGCAAAAGUUGGAGUUGAUACUGCGGCUUCUUGAGAAUAAGGUUCUCAACCCGGAUGACGUCAUGGCGAUAAGUGACGAUCUGCAGUACUAUUUGGAGGAUAACCAGGACCCGGAUUUUGUGAACGAUGACACAAUGUACGAUGAGCUAGACUUGGAUGCUGAUGUGGCGAUUGCACACGAGGUCCACAGCACGUUUGGUGAAGGAGUAAGCGCGAAAAAGGAGGAUGAUGAUAAGGAAGAGGAUAAGAAGAGCAACGAAAAAAACGGGCAGCACGAGCAAAAGAAAGAGUCGAGUGUCAGCAGCGGGAUCAGCAGAAGCAGCAGCAGUAACAGCACGAACAACGGAGGGGGCAGUCACGUGACAUUCGGGGUGAGGAGUAGCAGUAGGAGCAAAUCCGGUUCGCCGGCCCCGGCAAGGGUGUCGCGGACGAACUCUGGCCGUAAUACACCACUUCACAAUUACAGGCUUCGCACGAGUUCGUCUGUAUCAUCAUCAUCCGGGGUGCCGACGAUGGCCAACUUGCGUCCUGCUCCGGUUCCUAAACCGGCCGCUGAUUUAAAGUGGUCUGCAGCUGUUGCGAUGAGCAGUGGAGUGGGGGGUAAGUCUGAGGGUGGAGAUGCAAGUGCAAUGAAAGCCGCAUCUGCAACUGCAACUGCAAAUGGAAAUGGAAAUGCAAAUGCAACUGCAACUUCUGCAACCCCUUCAACGUCAAAAUUCUCCCCACCAUUUGCUGCAAGCAGCGGGAUGAACUUGAACGCUCUGAACGCCGCAAGCGUACUCGAGGCCUUGAAAAGACAGCGGCCGAAGGAUUUGGCUGCAAAAGCACCAAGCAGCACUUCCGGUGCCAGCACAGCAAGCAGCAGCCGUAAUGGUGGCAGUGCCGAGACUGCAACCGCCGCCACUUCUCACACAGCCACUCCUGGCAACACCAGUGGACCGGAUGAGGCAUUUGGCACGGAAAAAGACACUGUUUGCAGACCUGCCAUCAAGAUUAACGGCGGUGGUGGUGUGCCCAGUAGCGUAAGCACAUCCGUACACACUCAGGGGGCAGCCGACAGAUGCCGAAUAGGGCCGACACCGCGUGAGUUGGGCGUUCAGCAGGAUGAGAGUUUCCGAUUUCUGCCCGCAGGCCUCCAGAACAUGCUCUUAUCGUCGGCUGUGGCAUGUGACCGCCAAAAAAGCGGAAAAAGGCCCGCUUGUGUGGAUUUAAGAACGAUGCUCUCGACACCAAGAAGCUUUUCACCUCUCCCCGGAUUCGUGUACCCACCAGGCAUCGAGGCUCAGCGUGUGAGCACAGUGUGGGACCAGGUGAGAGUGUCGAAAAACAUCGAUGCAGAUGCACAGAAUGUGGACACAGCAACGCUUUUUUUUGCGUACUACUACGGACUAUCCCAAAGGGAAAGAGAGGUGGCCUACCAGGUGCUGGUGGCUAGGCAAUGGCGGUGCAGUAAGGACCGCACCGUUUGGUAUCAGAGACACUCGCCAGUGAAAGCACGUGGGGAAGGCUUUGAAAUCGCAGACUACAAUGUUUUCUCCGCCGCAGACUGGAGUCUUUCUGAGAAGCCGAACUACAAGGUGAGCUACUGA